AUGGAGACUGAGGGCCUGACCCAGGCUGCACAUGAAGUGGACAAGGCCUUCCUGGAGGAGACCAGCUGUGCUACUUGUGGCCUCAAGAUGUCCCAUGCCCGGACAAGCGAGUGCAGAUGGACGCUGACCCCGGAGAAGUCCUCGCAGGACUUGGUGUGUCCAGUGAGUGAAUACAGCUCCAGUCACAGCAGGUGUGUCCACGUGGCCGUGAGGCCUGUCGGUGUUUGGGACUUGGGCUUUCACAAGCCCUCCUUUCGGAACCUACUCAUGGCUGACGUUCCGGGUGAGCAUGUGUUCCCACGUCGAGCCCCAGGGGGCAUCUACAGCUCACCUGGUGCCUGCGCCUCAGCUGCAGCCAUUGACCUUGACCCAAGUGUCCUGAGACUGCCCAACCUCAGGGACCCAGAGCAGAAGGGGCAGAGAAUGGUGCCCAGGAAAGUCCCAGGACGUGACCGCUGCCCACGUCUGCAUACCCCACGAUGGCUUGUGCCCGCCCUGGGCUGGAGCCCAGUCCUUGAGGUCCCUACCAUGGUGAUGGUCCUGAGUAAAAGUCUCAGUGACCAGGGAACUGAAUCCAGAGUGUGCCGGCCCUUCAGCCCGGAGCUGUGCACGGCCGAGAAGAUGAGUCAAGGACCUACCCUUUUCUCAUGUGGAGUGAUGGAAAAUGACCACUGGCGAGACCUGGACAGGAAGUGCCCGCUGCAGAUUGACCAGCCACGUGCCAGCCUCUGGGAGUGCCUGCCAGAGAGGUGUCCGGAGGGCAGCCUGUGGCACAGAGAGGCGGUGACUGCUUGUGCGGUGACCAGCCUGAUCAAGGACCUCAGCAUCAGUGACCGCAAUGGCCACCCUUCCGCACCCCCUAGCAAGCGCCAGUGCCGCUCCCUGUCCUUCUCAGAUGAGAUGUCCAGCUGCCGGACAUCGUGGCGGCCCUUGGGCUCCAAGGUCUGGACUCCCGUGGAGAAGAGGCGCUGCUUCAGCGGGGGCAGCGUCCAGCGCUACGCGAGCGGCCUCAGCACCGUGCAGCGCAGCUCCAGCUUCAGCCUCCCCUCUCGGGCCAGUGCGCUGCCCUCGGCCCGCGACCACUCCACCUGCGACCAGGCCGGCCUUCCCCUCCACCCCAGAGAGCAAGAGCAGCCCGGCCAGGGGUCCCUGGGCCCGGCCACCUGCGGACAGGCGGGGGGUCUGUGGAGCCCCGACCCAAGCCCUCUGGGAGGGGGCCGUCUUGACGUGCAGCGGUCCCUCUCCUGCAGCCACGAGCAGUUCUCCUUCUCCGGGUACUGCCCCCCUUCAGCCAGCAGCACCCCGGCCUCCACACCCGAGCUGACCAGACGCUCCAGCGGCCUCUCGCGAAGCCGUUCGCAGCCCUGCGUCCUCAAUGACAAGAAGGUCGGCGUGAAACGGCGGCGCCCUGAGGACACGCAGGACCAGAGGCCUUCCCUCGACCUGGCCAAGAUGGCACAGAAUUGCCAGACCUUCAGCAGCCUCAGCUGCCCGAACGCCGGCCUGGAGGACUGUGGCCCCCCGAGCCCCUUCGCCAUCCACAGUGGCACCUGCUGCAGGACCACCUUGCUUUCGGCCUCCUCCACCAGCACCGGUGGCAGGACCCCUGCUGGGACCCCGGUCCUUGAGCCACUACCCCACGCCUUUGACGACCAUCUUGCCAGCAAAGAGGACCUGUCCUGUGAGGAAGUGGACAGCUGUGCCCUGGAUGAGUAUCGAAGCCACAGGGAAGAGCCGGCCUCGACCUGGCGGGACCUGGGGGCCAUGGGGAGUGGCCUUUGCUCCCUGGACGGUGAGCUGGACAUUGAGCAGAUAGAGAACAACUGA